GAUCCUGCUGACUCAGUACCUGUCUCCCGGUGAGUGUAGGGGCUCCACGGGGGGCUGGGGUCCCCCCUUCUGCUGCCCUCUUCCUCCUUCUAGCUGCUCAGACACCCAUCAUGUCUGCUUCGGAAGACAGAAGCCAAGGUCCCCCCAAAUCCAAGGGCAAGACCCUGAGUAGUUUCUUUGGGUCGCUGCCUGGCUUCAGCUCUGCCCGGAACCUGGUGACUCAAGUCCACAGCUCCUCGAAGGAGGCCCGGUCAACUGCAGACCCCGCAAGGACCUCCCCCCCUGAGGCCACCCAGACUCAGUGUCUUGGGGGCACCGAGGGGCAGAGGACGGGGAUUGAGAGGCCGGGACAGCCUUCAGAAAAGAUGACGGCGGGGGCCACAGACCUGGGAGACUCUAAUAUGACCAGGACCAAGGAUGCCUUCUCCUCCGGGGUGACCAGCAUGAUGGGUGCAGCGAAGGGGAUGGUCCAAGGGGGCCUGGAUGCCACCCAGUCAGCCCUCAUGGGCACCAAGGAGGCUGUGUCUGGGGGUGUCAUGGGGGCGAUGGGCCUGGCCAAAGGACUUGUCCAAGGAGGUCUAGACACCUCCAAGGCUGCUGUCACCAGCACAAAGGACACAGUGGCCACGGGAUUGACUGGGGCAGUGAAUGUGGCCAAGGGGACGGUCCAGUCAGGUUUAGACACCACAAAAUCUGUGGUCAUGGGCACCAAGGACACAGUGGCCACAGGUCUCACAGGGGCAGCGAACAUGGCCAAAGGCGCUGUCGAGGGGGGAAUGGACACUACAAAAGCUGUCCUCACAGGCACCCAAAACACAGUGGCCACAGGUCUCACAGGAGCAAUGAAUGUGGCCAAGGGGACAGUCCAGAUGGGCCUGGACACCAGCAAGAACGUGCUGAUGGGCACAAAGGACACUGUUUGUACUGGGGUCACUGGUGCUGUGAACACAGCUAAAGGUGUUGUCCAAACUGGAUUAAACACCAGCCAGAAUAUCGCCAUGGGCACCAAGGACAUGGUGGCCACGGGACUCACUGGGGCAGUGAACACUGCCAAGGGGACAAUCCAGACAGGCUUGGAUACCACAAAGUCUGUAGUCAUGGGCACCAAGGACACGGUGGCCACGGGAGUCAUGGGAGCAGUGAACGUGGCCAAGGGGACAGUCCAGACAGGCUUGGAUACCACGAAGUCUGUGGUCAUGGGCACCAAGGACACGGUGGCCACGGGAGUCAUGGGAGCAGUGAACGUGGCCAAGGGGACAGUCCAGACAGGCUUGGAUACCACGAAGUCUGUGGUCAUGGGCACCAAGGACACAGUGGCCACAGGUCUCACGGGGGCAGCGAAUAUGGCCAAAGGCGCUGUCCAGGGGGGAAUGGACACUACAAAAGCUGUCCUCACAGGCACCCAAAACACAGUGGCCACAGGUCUCACAGGUGCAGUGAAUGUGGCCAAGGGGACAGUCCAGAUGGGCCUGGACACCAGCAAGAACGUGUUGAUGGGCACCAAGGACACUGUUUGUACUGGGGUCACUGGUGCUGUGAACAUGGCCAAAGGUGUUGUCCAAACUGGAUUAAACACCAGCCAGAAUAUCGCCAUGGGCACCAAGGACAUGGUGGCCACAGGACUCACUGGAGCAGUGAACACUGCCAAAGGGACGAUCCAGACAGGCUUGGAUACCACGAAGUCUGUAGUGAUGGGCACCAAGGACACGGUGGCCACGGGAGUCAUGGGAGCAGUAAGCGUGGCCAAGGGGACAGUCCAGACAGGCUUGGAUACCACAAAGUCUGUGGUCAUGGGCACCAAGGACACAGUGGCCACAGGUCUCACAGGGGCAGCGAACAUGGCCAAAGGAGCUGUCCAAGGGGGAGUGGACACUACAAAAGCUGUCCUCACAGGCACCCAAAACACAGUGGCCACAGGUCUCAAAGGAGCAGUGAAUGUGGCCAAGGGGACAGUCCAGAUGGGCCUGGAUACCAGCCAGAACGUGCUGAUGGGCACCAAGGACACUGUUUGUACUGGGGUCACUGGUGCUGUGAACAUGGCCAAAGGUGUCGUUCAAACUGGACUGAGCACCACCCAGAAUAUUGCCAUGGGCACCAAGGACACAGUGGCCACAGGACUCACUGGAGCAGUGAACACUGCCAAAGGGACGAUCCAGACAGGCUUGGAUACCACGAAGUCUGUGGUCAUGGGCACCAAGGACACAGUGGCCACUGGUCUCACAGGGGCAGUGAACGUGGCCAAGGGGACAGUCCAGACAGGCUUAGAUACCACAAAGGGUGUGGUCAUGGGCACCAAGGACACAGUGGCCACUGGUCUCACAGGGGCAGUGAAUGUGGCCAAAGGCGCUGUCCAGGGGGGAAUGGACACUACAAAAGCUGUCCUCACAGGCACCCAAAACACGGUGGCCACAGGUCUCACAGGAGCAGUAAAUGUGGCCAAGGGGACAGUCCAGAUGGGCCUGGAUACCAGCAAGAAUGUGCUGACGGGCACAAAGGACACUGUUUGUACUGGGGUCACUGGUGCUGUGAACAUGGCCAAAGGUGUCGUCCAAACUGGACUGAGCACCACCCAGAAUAUCGCCAAAGGCACCAAGGACACGGUGGCCACAGGACUCACGGGUGCAAUGAACACCGCCAAGGGCACGAUCCAGACAGGCUUGGAUACCACGAAGUCUGUAGUCAUGGGCACUAAGGACACGGUGGCCACGGGACUAACAGGGGCAGUGAACGUGGCCAAGGGGACAGUCCAGACAGGCUUGGAUACCACAAAGUCUGUGGUCAUGGGCACCAAGGACACAUUGGCCACUGGUCUCACAGGAGCAGUGAAUGUGGCCAAAGGCACUGUCCAAGGAGGAAUGGACACUACAAAAGCUGUCCUCACUGGCACCCAGAACACAGUGGCCACAGGUCUCACAGGAGCAAUGAAUGUGGCCAAGGGGACAGUCCAGAUGGGCCUGGACACCAGCAAGAACGUGCUGAUGGGCACCAAGGACACUGUUUGUACUGGGGUCACUGGUGCUGUGAACAUGGCCAAAGGUGUUGUCCAAACUGGACUGAGCACCACCCAGAAUAUCGCCAUGGGCUCCAAGGACACAGUGGCCACAGGACUCACUGGAGCAGUGAACACCGCCAAAGGGACGAUCCAGACAAGCUUGGAUACCACGAAGUCUGUGGUCAUGGGCACCAAGGACACAGUGGCCACUGGUUUCACAGGGGCAGUGAAUGUGGCCAAAGGCGCUGUCCAGGGGGGAAUGGACACUACAAAAGCUGUCCUCACAGGCACCCAAAACACAGUGGCCACAGGUCUCACAGGAGCAGUGAAUGUGGCCAAGGGGACAGUCCAGAUGGGCCUGGACACCAGCAAGAAUGUGCUGACGGGCACAAAGGACACUGUUUGUACUGGGGUCACUGGUGCUGUGAACACGGCCAAAGGUGUCAUCCAAACUGGACUAAACACCACCCAGAAUAUUGCCAUGGGCACCAAGGACACGGUGGCCACGGGACUCACAGGGGCAAUGAACACCGCCAAGGGCACGAUCCAGACAGGCUUGGAUACCACGAAGACUGUGGUCAUGGGCACCAAGGACACAGUGGCCAUGGGACUAACAGGGGCAGUGAACGUGGCCAAGGGGACAGUCCAGACAGGCUUGGAUACCACAAAGUCUGUGGUCAUGGGCACCAAGGACACGGUGGCCACGGGAGUCAUGGGAGCAGUGAACGUGGCCAAGGGGACAGUCCAGACAGGCUUGGAUACCACAAAGUCUGUGGUCAUGGGCACCAAGGACACAGUGGCCACUGGUCUCACGGGGGCACUGAAUGUGGCCAAAGGCGCUGUCCAGGGGGGAAUGGACACUACAAAAGCUGUCCUCACAGGCACCCAAAACACAGUGGCCACAGGUCUCACAGGAGUGAUGGAUAUGGCCAAGGGGACAGUCCAGAUGGGCCUGGACACCAGCAAGAACGUGCUGAUGGGCACAAAGGACACUGUUUGUACUGGGGUCACUGGUGCCAUGAACGUAGCCCAAGAUGUCAUACACUCUGGGAUGAACACCACUCAGAAUAUAGUCACAGGCACCAAGGACAUGGUGGACAUGGGACUGACUGGGGCAAUGAAUGUGGUCAAGGGAACAGCUCAGAAGGGCCUGGACAGUACAAGGUCUGUGGUCAUGAGCACCAAGGACACACAGGUGGAGAACACAGGCAAAGGCAUAGUCCCGGAGUGUGUGGACACACCAAAAGCUGUCUUCACAGGUGCCCAAAACACCAUGACCCCUGGUCAACCAGAGGGGGUGAAUGUGGCAACUAGUGCCAUCCACACUGGUCUGAGUGUUCUCCAGAGUUGGCUACCUGGCCAGGAUGGGAAGCCAACCACCCUGAACUCCCAAUCCUUUGGGGUCAUCAGCAGCCCAGACAUGUGUGCUCCAGGUCUACAGCCUGUGGCAGAAGCCCCAGACACCAGGUGCUAUGGGGCCAUUCCAACUGAGGGCGUCCAAGAGGCCACUACAAGCUCUGUGAUGCUUCUGGAUGAGCUGCAGGGGUUCGGUGAGAUCUUCCACCCAAUGACGGCCCAGGAACAAGCUCAACUGGCAGCCUCAGAACCAGGGCCCAAGGUGCUGGUGGCUGACCAGGGGAGCUACUUUGUCCGUCUGGGUGAUCUGGCCCCCAGCUUCCGCCAGCGAGCUUUUGAACACGCCUUGAGCCACGUGCAGCACAGUCAGUUCCAAGCCAGGGAUGCGCUGGCCCAGCUGCAGGACGCCUUCCAAGUGGUUGACCAGGGAACACAGGCACUGGGAAGGCAGCCAUAUCUGGACCAGGGGUCACCUGAUACAGUGGAGGAUGCCGGUAACCCUGAGGCCCAGGAAGCCGUGGCUCUGGAAAGGGUGCGUGCCCUCAUCCUCCAGCUCCACACGGCCUACAGCGGCCUGGCCACAGGCCUGCAGGGCCUGCCCGGGGAACUCCAGCGGCAGGUGGGGCAGGCACGGCACAGCCUCUGUGAGCUCUACGGCCUGGUGUCCUCAGCCAAUGCCAUAAGGGAGCUGCCAACCGAGCGCCUCGUCCACAGCCGCGUAGGCGUCAGCCAGGCAUGGCAGGAAUUAGAGGCACAGCUGGACGGCCUGCAGCAUAGACCACCGCUUGGCUGGCUGGUGGGGCCCUUCACUGAGCCCAGUGGGCAGUGUCUGUAGAUGGCCGUGGACCAGUGUCUCCCUAUCACCCUGAGCUGCCCGAUGACCUUCCUCCACCCAGUGCUUCACCAUGGGAGAUGAGCCACAGCAGCCACUGCCCUGGCCCUGUCCAGCACCGGCUGUCCUCUCCCAAGAACCACCCUUCCCAAGUAGGGCUAGGCUUGCUGCCAGGCCUUGAGGACAGAAAAGCAUGCUUAAGCCUUGACGUCCUCUGCUUGCUCCCACUGAGAACCUUCUCACCUUGGGGGCUCUGUGCCCCACAUCUAGGGUCCACGCUAUGAGCUUAUCAGGGGUUCUGCUCUGUGCAGCAGCACAUCCCCAGUCCUUAGCCAACACAUCUCAGAACUUCAAUAGCGCACUAGAACACCACUGCCAUGCUAACUCCUGCUCCUCCAGCCUCUGCUGGUACCCCAUGAAGGCAAAGCCACCCACGGUCUGUCUGCAAGGCCUGAUUGAAGACUGUUCUGUUCCCAGAGGGGCCCCUGCACACGGGCAGCUUGCUCUGCAAGGUGGGCUAAGUGGCCUGGGGUGGUAGCCCUGAAGCACUCCCUCAUGGGCUCUGAGUCCCAGGGAAGCCAGCAGGUGACAGCCCCCUUGUCUGCUCCACACGCCCAGAGGUGCAAGCAUGCAGAAUGCCCAAGUGCCACUAGCCACCCCCCAUUCAUCCUCUCAGAAAAAUGACUGGGUCCCCUAAAUUCUGGGAGACAAAAUCAGUGGCUGUUGCUACGAUGGGUAUAGACUCAGAGCCAGUCACGAUGGGAAAGGUGGGAGCCUUCUCUUCGUUGGCCUGCUACACCCAGCACCAGGGUGUGGCAGAGACCAGGCUGGGGCCAAGUUCAAGUCUUCCAAUCAGCUGAGGCUCCAGGCACCCCAUCCAUCAUGCCAUACCUAGUUCUGGGAACUCACACUGGAACCAAGCCCCAGAACAGCCCAGGGUGAGAGUGGGUCCUCAUAGAGCAAGACAGAAGCACAGAGCAGGAAGGCCAUAUAGUGACAGUACCACGGCUGGGUCAGGCACAGAGGUUGUCCCAUGCUGCGCACUCUGGCCCUCUAGGCUAGAAUGCUGGGCUGGUACCAGCCUCUAGGUUCUGCCUGGGGACCUGAAGCCACCUGUGGCUGGGACAGGAUGGCAGUUAGUUCGGGGUCUGCAAGGUCUUCACACUGGGACACAGCAGUCUGUUCCCACUCAUGCUGGUGAGUCAGCUGUGCCCAGGCAAACCUUGAGAGCAGAGCCCAGAGGCAACCGGUUCCCCUUCCACAUGAGCCUGGCUCCCAGCUCAACCCUCUGUCCCCUCAGGCCCCAUGAUGGCUGCUCACUUCCCCAGCCCUGGCCACAGCAGCACUCCUAACACUAGGAAA